GCGUGAUAGCUCCAGUAAUUCUAGCCAGCUCCAAAAUUUUGCAGAUAGGGAAUCUAAAGGAUUUGCUCUGAGGCACUUUUCUGGCCUGGCUAACCACAACUGGUACCACUACUGCCACCCAUCCCACAAGCUCCCCAGAACAAAGUCUUUGAUGAUGUUUUGCAGGCACCUGCAGUUUCCUAGAAGUCUCUUAGGUCAGGAGUAGCUUUAAUGGCUUUGGGCUGAGGCCUCUGAGGAUCCGGAGAGGAGGAUGAACGUUCUGCCCUGGGGUGGGUGCGAAGCGUGGGCGGAGGGGCCCCGCGCGCGGGAAUCCCUGAACGCCUCUGCCUCUCCCUUCCCUGCCUGCCCACAAGCUUGCCCUGUGCCGGCGCCCGCAGAGAGGCCUCCCGCUGGCCGGGAGCUGGGCGCUAUCAGUUCCGGACGCUCCGGGCGCUGCGGCAGCUGCAGGUCCCUGAGCCGCGAGGCGGCCUCUCGCCGCGGGCUAUGCGCGUGGACAGGGGCGCGGCCCCGGCACCGCCUAUACCCGGGCUGUGCUCACUCCGUGUGCCCAGGUUCCGCUGCACCCGAGCGGAGAGCGGCGGCCCCGGACGGCGGUGCCACCCGGCCCCUCGGAGGACGCUCGGGACAGAAGUCACGCGCGGCGGGAUGGUUCCCUGCGGGGGACCGCGGCCGGUGCUGCUGCUGCUUGCGCUGCUGCUCGUGGCUCCCGCCCAGGCCAGCUUGCAGCCGCCCUUCUUCGACCUGACUAAGGUGGCGCGGAUUUGGGCCACCGCCACCUGCGGAGAGAGAGACCCGGAGAACCCGCAGCCUGAACUUUACUGCAAGUUGGUGGGGGGCCCCUCCGGCCGAGGCGACGAGCUCUGGAUCCAGGGCCAUUCCUGUGACUAUUGUAAUGCCACAGACCCUCAGAAGGCGCACCCCGCCUCCCACGCGAUCGAUGGCUCUGACCGUUGGUGGCAAAGCCCUCCUCUGUCCUCGGGCAAGGAGUUCAACAAAGUCAACCUCACCUUGGACCUGGGUCAGGUCUUCCAGGUGGCCUAUAUUGUAAUUAUAUUUGCAAAUUCUCCUCGCCCAGGACUUUGGGCCUUGGAAAGGUCUGUAGACUUCGGAAGCACCUACUCUCCAUGGCAAUAUUUUUCUUUGUCUCCUGAUGACUGCCUGACUGUGUUUGGGAAGCAGCCAAAUCGAGCUAUCAUCAGGGACAAUGAUGUGCGCUGUGUUACACACUAUUCCCGCCUCUUGCCUUUAGAAAAUGGAGAGAUUCUGGUGUCCUUGGUCAACCAUCGUCCAGGUGCAAGACCCCGUCCAGAUUCAAAAAACCUUACUUUCUCAGACACUCUGGGGGAGUUUAUCCAGGCAACGAACAUCCGCCUGCGCUUUCUCCGAACCAACACCUUGCUCGGCCAUUACACCUCCAAUGACAUGAAAGAUCCAAGUGUCACUCGGCGGUACUUCUACAGCGUGAAGGGUAUCACUGUCGGAGGCUGGUGCUUCUGCAAUGGCCACGCGGAGGAGUGCAACGCAAACAAUUCCCAGCAACGGUUCCGGUGUAAAUGCCAGCACCACACCUGUGGGGAUACAUGCAAUACCUGCUGUGCGGGGUUCAAUCAGAAGCGCUGGCGACCUGCAACGAUGCAGGAGAACAAUGAGUGUGAAGCCUGCAAUUGCAAUGGCCAUGCCACAGACUGUUACUACGAUCCAGAUGUGGAAUUCCACCGUCAGAGCACAAAUCUCCAAGGCAUCCGUGCAGGCGGAGGGGUCUGCAUCAAUUGUCAGCACAACACGUCAGGUGUGAACUGCGAGAAGUGCGAGAAGGGCUUCUACCGCCCUCACGGGAUUCCAGUUAGCGCCCCCGGCGCCUGCAUCCCUUGUUGGUGUGACCCUGUGCAUGCGGAUGGCUGUGAACAGGGCUCAGGCCGCUGUCUCUGUAAGCCCAAUUUCCAAGGAGACCACUGUGACGAGUGUGCGGUUGGAUACUCCAACUUCCCGCUUUGUUCUAGAAUUCCAGGCUUUCUUCUUUCUACUCCAAGACCAGAAGAUCCAAAACCUGGAAAACCCAAAAAAGGAUGUGACUGUAACGUACAAGGUGCUCUCUCCAGCCAAUGUGAUGACCAGGGAAGGUGCAUGUGCCACCCAAAUGUAGAGGGCCUCCGAUGUGACACCUGCAAGAGGGGCUUCUACUCUUUCCCUGCUUGUCGACGCUGCCAGUGUUCAUCUGAGGGGAGUGCUCACAUGACGUGCAACCCGAAGACUGGGUGGUGUGUGUGCACCGUGGGGGUAUCAGGACCGCGUUGUGACAGGUGCCUCUCAGGAGCCCCCGAUGUUCCCCUUUGUGCAGAUAUCAGAAAACUAAUUUGUGACCCAGAUGGAACCGACAGCAUGUCCAGCUCGGGUUGUCUCUGCAAGGUUCACGUGGAAGGUCCUGCCUGUGGCAGCUGCAAACCACUGUACUGGAAUCUGUCCCUAGAAAACCCCAGCGGGUGCUCAGAAUGCAAGUGUCAUGAGGCGGGGACAGUGAGCAGAAUCAGAGAGUGCACGCAGGAAAAUGGUGACUGUCACUGCAAAGGCCACGUGACUGGCAGGACCUGUGACACCUGCCCAGAUGGAUAUUUUGGUCUGGAAAGCCAAAAUUACUUUGGGUGUAAAGGGUGUCAGUGUCACAUUGGUGGGACCCGCAUGUGUGAUGGGUCCAGCGGGGAGUGCCAGUGCCGGGAGCACGUGGUGGGGCAGCAGUGCCUGCGGGCUGAAGAGAACUACUACUUCCCAGAUCUGCAUCAUAUGAAGUAUGAGAUCGAAGAUGGCACUGUGCCUCAUGACAAGAUCUUUCGGUUUGGGUUUGAUCCCCUGGAAUUUCCUGAGUUCAGCUGGCGAGGAUACGCCCAGAUGACCACAUUGCAGAAUGAAGUAAUGAUAAAGUUGAAUGUGGGGAAGGCAGAUCUCUCCUUAUUCCGCAUCAUUCUACGAUAUGUUAACCCUGGCCCUGAAGCAGUAUUUGGCAAUAUAGCUGUUUAUCCAUCCUCGGGAAAGGCAGAUGUUGCUCAAAAUAAAAAGAUCAUAUUCCUGCCGAGUAAGCAGCCAGCCUUUGUCACCAUCCCUGGAAAUGGUUCUGCAGACUCAUUCAUAAUCAGCCCGGGGAGAUGGGUUGCCUCGAUCAAGGCACAAGGAGUCCUGCUGGAUUUCCUGGUGCUGCUCCCCAAGGACUACUAUGAAGCGUCUGCGCUGCAGCUCCCGGUCACUGAGCCAUGUGUCAUCUCAGGACUUCCCGGUGAAAAAUGCUUGCUCUACCAGCACUUGCCGGUGAAUAACUUCUCUUGCACCCUGGCUUCUGAGGCUAGGAUCUUCGGGCUGGGUGGGGUCCAGGUUCCAGUGGCUAUGAAGAAGCUCAGCCCAGCCCACCCUCCCAUGGUGAAUCUCGGAGGAAAAGAGAUGGAACUGCACCUGAGGCUGCGCGUCCCACAGACUGCGGACUACGUGAUCAUGCUGGAGUAUGCGGCUGAGACGGACCAGCUGCUUGUGCUCCAGGUGUUCCUGAACAUCUGGCCGGAGCUGAGAAGCCGGCUGGACAUACACAGCUGCAAGUACAGGUUUCUCUGCCGGAGCAUCCUCACCAACGGCCGAGGGCGCAGCCUUGUGUAUAAGCUGUCAAAAGACACAGACAUGAGGAUCAUGGUCCAGGGAGGCAGGUUCCUUCUGGUGGUCACCUGUGUCCCUAUGGUCUACGAGACACCUCCAACGGCCUCAAUUCUGAAUAUCCCCAGUGGGAAGAUUUGUACUUCUACUGAUGUUCCAGGAUUCUUCUUGAAUUCGCCAAAGUGCCAAACGUCCAUAAGAGGGGUCUUACCACAGAGAGGCUUAUACACCUUUGUCGUCCACUUUUUUCAAGCCAAAUACCCAUCGCUUUCUCCACUUGUAUAUCUGAAUGGAAACAAGUACUUUGGUACCUUCGAGGCCUUCUUUUGCCCCAAUGUGCUCGGCUGUCAGGCCAUCAUUUAUAUCAAGGGCCAUGAAGCAUUUCCAAUGGAAGCGACUCACUUGUCCAUGCAAUUCUCAAUCACAGAUAACAUGUCCUUCGUGUUGUUCCGAAUCCUAGUGGUGCCAGCAGCGGAUUUCAAAUACCAACCAAUGCCCAAAACCUCAGUGGACAAGUCUGUUGAAUUUAUCACCAAAUGUGGAGGAAACGACUUUUAUAUCAACCCCAAGACAGCUUCUUUGUUCUGUAAGCAUUACACCAGGUCCCUGGUGGCCCUGUACCAUGACGGCGCCCUGCCUUGUGCGUGCCACCCUGCUGGGUCCAUCAGACACAGCUGUAGUUCCGACGGUGGGCAAUGCCUGUGCCAACCCAAUGUCAUCGGGCGGCAGUGCACCCACUGUGCAGCGGGCCACUAUGGAUUCCCACACUGCAGGCCGUGCAACUGUAGUGGGCGCCUCUGUGACGAGACAACGGGGGAGUGCCUGUGCCCCCCCAACACGGUGCCACCCCAGUGUCAGACCUGCGAGGAGCAUGCCUAUAACUUCCACCCUGUGGCUGGCUGUGAAAGCUGCAACUGCUCCCCGAAUGGCACCUUUGGUGCUGGGAAGUGUGACCCAGUCACCGGGCAGUGCAGUUGCAAGUUUCCCAGAAUCGUAGGGCGGUACUGUGACCACUGUACUGCUGGGUACUACAUGUUCCCCGAGUGCUGGCCCUGCAGCUGCAACCACGCUGGGACUGAGCCGGAAGUGUGUGACAAGAAAACUGAGGCUUGCUUCUGUAAGGAAAACGUGGAAGGUGCCCAGUGUGACAAGUGUCAAGAAGGGACGUUCAAUUUAGAUGCAGCCAAUCCCAAGGGCUGUACUGAUUGCUUCUGUUUUGGAGUGACUCAUCUUUGUACCAAGACCAAGAAAGUACACAAGAAGGUAAAGGAAAUGAAAGGCUGGCACCUGGAGAUCAACGUCCCCGUGAUCUACAAUGUGCUCAGCGACAGCAUGGUAGCAGACAUCCAAGAGCUGCCCUCAACAGUCCACAGUCUGUCCUGGGUUGCACCUCCAUUCUACCUGGGGGACAAGGUUACCUCCUAUGGUGGCUACCUCACUUACCAAAUCAAGUCCUUCGGCUUACCUGAGGACAUGGUUCUUCUGGAAAAGGAGCCGACUGUGCAGCUCACCGGUCAGCACAUGUCCAUCGUGCAUGAGGAGCCCGGCAGUCCGCAGCCGGACCAGGUGUACAAGGGGCGAGUGCGGCUGCUAGAGGGAAACUUCAGACAUGCCGGCAGCGGCGCCCCGGUGUCCAGGGAGGAGCUGCUGGUCCUGCUGUCCAGGCUGGAGAGGCUGAGUAUCCGAGGUCUCUACUUCACAGAGACACAGCGGCUCACCCUGAGCCUGGUAGAGCUGGAUGUGCUCCGGGAUGGAUACGGACAGCGGGCGCCCCACGUGGAGCGGUGCAAAUGUCCUCCAGGCUACACUGGGUCCUCCUGUCAGGGUUGCAGCCCUGGAUACUAUCGGAAUUACAAAGGCUUGUAUACCGGACACUGUGUUCCCUGCAAAUGCCACGGACAUUCGAACCGAUGUCAGGAUGGGUCAGGAGAAUGUAUUAACUGUCAGCACAACACUGCCGGGGAGCACUGCGAGAGCUGCAAGGAGGGUUACUAUGGGAACGCUGCCCACGGAUCCUGUCACGCCUGCCCCUGUCCCCACACAAACAGCUUUGCCACUGGCUGUGUUGUGGAUGGCGGAAAUGUGCGAUGUGUCUGCAAACCUGGGUACACAGGGACACGAUGUGAGAGGUGCGCACCAGGGUAUUUUGGGAAUCCCCAGAAGUUUGGAGGUAGCUGCCAACCAUGCAAUUGUAACGGCAAUGGCCAGUUGGGUACCUGUGACCCCCUCACUGGAGACUGCAUAAACCAAGAACCCAAAGACAGCAUUCCUGCAGAAGAAUGCGAUGAUUGUGACAGCUGUGUGAUGACCCUCCUGAAUGACCUGGCCACCAUGGGCGAAGAGCUCCACCUGGUCAAGUCUCAACUGCAGGGCUUGAGCGCCAGCCCAGCUGCCCUGGAACAGAUUCGGCACAUGGAAACCCAGGCCAAGGACUUGAGGAAUCAGUUGCUCCUCUAUCAUUCUGCUAUUUCAAAUCAUGGAUCAAAAAUGAACGGUCUGGAAGAAGAACUGAGUAAUUUGAAUCAUGAGUUUGAAACUUUGCAAGAAAAGGUGCAGAUAAAUUCCCAAAAAGCACAAACAUUAUAUAACAAUGUUGACCGGACAAUUCAGAGCACUAAAGAGCUUGACAUGAAGAUUAAAACUGUCAUCCACAAUGUGCACAUUCUCUUGAGGCAGAUCUCAGGCACAGGUGGAGGAGGAAACAACUUGCCCUCAGGUGACUUUUCCAGGGAGCUGGCCGAAGCAGAACGCAAGCUGAGGGAGCUGCGGAACCGUAACUUUGGGAAGUACCUGCAGGAAGCAGAAGCUGAGAAGAGAGAAGCGCAGCUCUUGCUGAACCGUAUAAAGAGCUGGCUAGAGACCCACACGGUGGAGAGCGACGGACUUGCUAAGAGUAUACGGGAUUCUUUAAAUCAGUACGAGGCCAAGCUCCAUGACCUGCAUGCCAUGAUCCAGGAGGCAGCUUCCCAGGCAAAGCGGGCUUCUGGCCUCAACCACGAAAAUGAGAGAGCUUUGGGAACCAUCAAGAGGCAAGUGAAAGAAAUGAGUGGCCUACAGAGUGAAUUCACCAAGUACCUGAGCAUGGCAGACUUGGCUGUGAUACGGACCAAUUCCAUGCUGGAGCUGAUGAACAAAAACUGGAAGGAAUAUGAAACAUUAGCAGGCACCUUAAAUAAAGCAAGACAAGAACUAAGUGACAGAGUGAGAGAACUCUCCAGAUCUUCCAGCCAAGCAUCCCUGGUGGCAGAUGCAGAAAAAUACGCACAGUCUUUGCAAGAGGUGGCAAAGCAGCUGGAGGAGAUAAAAAGAAAUGCCAGUGCGGAUGAGCUGGUACGCCGUGCUGUGGAUGCUGCCACUGCCUAUGAGAACAUCCUCAGUGCCAUCCAAGCAGCUGAGGAUGCAGCCAACAAAGCCUCCAGCGCAUCCGAGUCCGCCCUUGAGACCGUAAUAAAGGAAGAUCUUCCAAGAAAAGCUAAGAUCCUGAGUUCUGACAGCGAUAAAGUGUUAAAUGAAGCUAAACGAAUACAGAAGAAGUUACAGCAAGAAAUUAGUCCUGCUCUCGAUGACCUACAACAAACCUUGAAUAUUGUGAAGGUUCAGAAAGAUCUGAUAGACACCAACCUCACUUCUGUCCAUGAUGAUCUUCGUGGGAUACAGAGAGGCGACACUGACAGUACAAUCAGUGGUGUUAAGAGCAUGGUCAGAAAGGCCAAUGACGUCACAAGUGAGGUUCUGGAUGGACUCAGCCCCAUUCAGGCAGAUUUGGAAAAGAUUAAGGAUGACUAUGGGAAUGCGCAGAAGGAAGACUUCAACAAGGCUCUGACCGACGCAGACAAGUCAGUAAAGAAAUUAACUAAGAAACUGCCUGACCUUUUGAGCAAGAUUGAAAGUAUCAACCAACAACUGUUGCCCCUGGGAAACAUCUCUGACAACGUGGAUCGAAUUCGGGAGCUAAUUCAGCAGGCCAGAGAUGCUGCAAAUAAGGUUGCGGUCCCCAUGCGGUUCAAUGGGAAAUCUGGUGUUGAAGUCCGGCUGCCAAAUGACCUGGAAGAUUUGAAAGGAUACACCUCUCUCUCUUUGUUUCUCCAAAGACCUGACUCAAGAGAAAAUGGGGGCACUGAGGAUAUGUUUGUGAUGUACCUUGGAAACAAGGAUGCCUCCAGCGACUACAUCGGCAUGGCAGUUGUGGACGGCCAGCUCACCUGCGUCUACAACCUGGGCGAGCGGGUGGCUGAGCUCCAGGUGGACCAGAUCUUGACUGAGAGUGAGACGCGAGAGGCAGUUAUGGACCGGGUGAAGUUUCAGAGAAUUUAUCAGUUUGCAAGACUGAAUUACACCAAAGAAGCCACCUCUAUUAGACCCAAAGCACCCCAAUUUCAUGUCAUGGAUAGUGGAAGUAGCAACACACUUCUUAACUUGGAUCCUGAAAAUGUUGUGUUUUAUGUCGGAGGUUACCCACCUGAUUUUCAACUUCCGAGCAGGCUAAAAUUCCCUCCCUACAAAGGUUGUAUUGAAUUAGACGACCUCAAUGAAAACGUUGUGAGUUUGUACAACUUCAAAAAAACGUUCAAUCUCAACACAACUGAAGUGGAACCUUGCAGACGGAGAAAAGAAGAGUCAGACAAAAACUAUUUUGAAGGUACAGGCUACGCUCGAGUUCCAACUCAGCCAAAUGCCCCCUUCCCAACCUUCGGACAGACCAUCCAGACCACCAUGGACAGAGGUUUGCUGUUCUUUGCAGAAAACCAGGAUCACUUCAUAUCCUUAGAUAUAGAAGAUGGCAGUCUCAUGGUCCGAUACAAACUGGACUCGGAACCACCACAAGAGAAAGGAAUCAGAGGCGCCAUCAACAACGGGAAAGAUCAUUUGAUUCUAAUCAAGAUUGGAAAAGCGCAGAAACUUAUGAGAAUAAAUGUGGGUGAUCAAAAUAUCAGAAUUUCAGGGGAAAUAUUUGAUUUCAGCACAUAUUAUCUGGGUGGAAUUCCCAUUGCAAUCAGGGAAAGGUUCAAUAUUUCUACACCUGCUUUCCGAGGCUGCAUGAAAAAUCUGAAGAAGACCACCGGCGUUGUGAGGCUGAAUGAUACCGUGGGAGUGACCAAAAAGUGCUCCGAGGACUGGCAGCUUGUGCGCUCUGCCUCGUUCUCCAGAGGGGGACAGUUGAGUUUUGUUAACCUGGACCCACUGGAGCAGGGUCACUUCCAGGCCUCCUUUGGCUUUCAGACCCAUCAACCCAGCGGGGUGCUACUAAAUCAUCAGACACGGACAAGCAACCUGCAGGUCACUCUGGAGGACGGUCACAUUGAACUGAGCACCAGGGAGAGCAACAGCCCAAUUUUUAAGUCUCCUCAGACAUACAUGGAUGGUUUGCUGCAUUACGUGUCUGUAAUAAGCGACAACGCAGGCCUCCGGCUGUUCGUGGAUGACCAGCCGCUCCGAAGGAGCCAAAGGCUGCAGGGCGUUUCCAGUUCCCCACAGUCUCUCCGCCUUGGGGGGAGCUCUUUUGAGGGUUGCAUCAGCAAUAUUUUUGUCCAGAGGUCGCGGGAGAGCCCUGAAGUCUUAGAUUUUGCCAGUAAAUCUACCAAGAGAGAUGUGUCCCUGGGAGGCUGCAGCUUGAACAAACCGCCUUUCCUUAUGUUAUUUAAAGGGCCCACAAAGUUUAACAAGGCCAGGACCUUCAGUAUUGACAGAAUGCUGCAGGAUGCCCCAGCGACCUCCCCCUGGAGCAUGGAAGCAUGGCAGGAUGCAAAGCCUUGCUUGCCCCCAGCCGGGGCCCAGGCCACUCACAGAGCCCUCCAGUUUGGGGACAGCCCCACCAGCCACUUGUUGUUCAAGCUUCCCCAGGAGUUGCUGAAACCCAGAUCACUGUUUGCUGUGGACAUACAAACCACCUCCGUUGGGGGGCUGGUGUUUUACACGGGGACCAAGAACUCCUUUAUGGCUCUUUACCUGGUGAAGGGACACCUGGUCUUUGCACUGGGGGCAGAAGGGAAAAAGCUGCGGCUUAAAAGCAAAGAGACGCACAAGGAUGGGAAAUGGCACACGGUGGUGUUUGGGCAAGAUGGCGGAAGGGGGCACUUGCUGGUGGACGGGCUGCAGGCCCAGGAGGGCAGAUUGCCUGGAAAUUCCACCAGCAUCCCCAGAGCACAGGUUUACCUGGGGUGGUCUCCAUCAGGGAAGCCAAAGAACCUCCCUCAAAACAGCUUUGUGGGAUGCCUGAAGAACUUUCGAUUGGGCUUAAAAUCCUUGGAUUCCCCUUUUAGAAACUUUGGGGUGUCUCCUUGCAUGAAUGGCUCUCUGGAGAAAGGCAUUUAUUUCUCCCAAGAAGGAGGUCAUGUCAUCCUGGCUGACUCUGUUCUGUUGGAGCCGGAGCUCAAGCUCAUGUUCAGCAUUCGCCCACAAAGUCUCACUGGGCUCCUGGUCCACAUUGGAAGUCAACGGGGACAGCGCCUAAGUGUCUACAUGGAGGCAGGCAAGGUCACAGCCUCUGUGGACAGUGGGGCAGGCACGCUGUCGACAUCAGUGACACCAAAGCAGUCUCUGUGUGAUGGGCAGUGGCACUCAGUGGCAGUCACCAUCAAACAACAGAGCCUGUACCUGGAACUGGACAAGGACAGCAGCUACAUGGCCGGGCAGCUCACUUUCUCUCCCCAAGGCACCCAGGGGUUGCUGUACAUCGGCGGUGUCCCAGACAAUUUGAAGACAUUGAACCUCCCAGUGUGGAGGUCAUUUUUUGGCUGUCUAAAGAAUGUUCAAGUCAAUCACAACCCUAUUUCUGAAGCCAUGGAAGUCCAGGGCUCUGUCAGCCUGAGAGGCUGCCCUGCCCACUGACCCCAAGCUGCCACACUGUGGGAAAUUCACCUUCAGAAGCACAGAGGACCCGACACUCCUCCCUCCACAGCUCUCCAGCAAGUUUAUGGCAAAUCUAAUCUUGAAUUCUGACUGACCAUGCACAGUGACCCCUCAUUUUGGCAUCCAAUGCUACAUAUUAACUCAUACAAAAAUCUCAUUUCUUGAAGAAGGUGAACAGAUUGUUAUUCAAAUAUGCACACAAUACCUUUGAUACUAUCUGUCACUAAAAACUGUGCCUUUAAAAAACUUGUCAAAAAAUAAAAUUCUUUUAGAGCACUUUAA